ACAUUUGAGCGAAUCACAAACUGUGAACAAUGUAAUCUCGAAAUCACGGGCAUGCUGUCGGCCAUCUUUGAUAAAUUUGAAAAUCGAAUGUAUGUGAUUGGUCAGUAACGAGACGUCAUUUCAGUCUGACGGCGUUGCGCAAAUUAUAAAUUUUAACUCUCUCAUUGCGGCUGCCAUGUUUUUUUUCAUGUGAAUGUGGGGUGUGUGUGUAUAGAUUUAUCAUGAUAAUUUCCACACAUAAACUAUUACGGAACUAAAGGAUGCACGAAGUGCGUCAUUUGUCAUAAGCUAGUGACGAUGCGAGCGCAUACAAUCAACUAAAUUGAAAAUCGUUGCCUUAUGCUAAACUAGCAAAGAAUACGCCAAAGAAAUUAAGAAUGUAUUAUUAAUACGGAAGCAUCCUGAAGGAUCGAUAAAUAACACGGCCCAAGGCAAAAGAAAAAUGGAUACUCGAUUAAUGAAUAUGAUGUUGGUGUUUGAUAACGUUAGUGAUUGUACCGGGCAGGAUGCGUAAACAUAAAAAAGGGAGCCAGGCGUACGCCUGCUGGCCUGCCACGUCGAGAGAGCUGCACCAAACUUCGCGUUUCAUCAUCUGAUACCCCGCACAUUAAGGACAGGGAACUAAUCUGGACAACAUUGUUGAUCAGCUGUGCAUAAGACUACAUGACAUCAAAGAUAAAGAAAAUACUGCAGUAGUAGGCAUGCCCACGUGUUCCUUAGAACAAAGUGAAGCAGUACGUCGAUAUUACGCUGCUUUUCCGGCUCUAAAAAAAGGCCAGGAGUCGCCAUUGCAAUACUAUUUGCCACCACCAGCGUGGUGUCGUAAACCAAGUACUGAAAUAAAGGUCAAAAUGCAAAGUGAAAUCUCAAUGUCAAAAGAUUGGAAUUCCAAAAACAAGAAGUACUCGUCAGGGAAGGAAAGGCGCAACUCUUACCACAAUCAGAGGAAAAAUAACAGAAAACGGUGGAACAGUUACAGUAAAUCAUUUGAGAGCAAGGAGAGUCUUCCUGAGUGGGUGACACAUGAGGGAGUUUGGGAUAUGGAAACCCAGGAUCCGGUUAAGGAGUUUAUAAGAGCUAUUGCAUUGGAUGAAGGUUAUGGUACUUGUGAAAAUACAGUCACAGAUGAAAUAAAAGAGAUAACUGAAGUCAAGCUGCAAAUGAAAGAUAAUGUGGUGCCAGACUGGGAUGAUAGUCUGGAUUUGGCUACAGAGUGGGUGAUAACAGAAGACCUUAACCCCCGAGUACGGUCCCCAAUGGAGGAAGAAUUGUAUGCAAAGUUUGAAGCAAAGUUUGAUAGGAGUAUUGAAGCAUUAUGGUCAAAAGACCAAAACACACCUGAUGAUGAAUAUCAAGACCUGCCAAUUGAUUUUCAAGAUUUGCUGUCAUCGCCCUCCGACCACCUUUUUGCAGAUCCGUCCACUGAAAAGUACAGUUUGAUUUCUCUGACAGAGAGCAUCUGGUCAACAGAUGCUGCGGAAAGUCUGUUAGUAGAGCGUGCCGAUUCGCCUUCAAAGAUAGCAGAUGCGCUCCAUGACCGCUUCAAGCCGUUGAAUCUAAGCGAUUCCGCGGAGCCAAUGCCGCCUCGUGAGCUUGAGUCUUUCACAUUGUACGAGAGUGAAGAGUUGUAUGAUGCACUAUCGACUGUCGCGCAGACGAUGCGUUCGUUCACCGCGAUCAACCACAGCCGAGACCGCAGCGGUUUUGUGGAGGUUCCGCCUCGGAGACGUAGCCGUGAACCUAAACUUCCUGUCGAACCACAACCAAUAGAAGAACCACCCCGUUCCCCAUCCCUUGACCGCGAAGACCUGCUCAUAUCUUCUCGCACGCAUUUCCGACCGAUCCGGCGCGAAUCGGAGUUGGACAUAACGCGAUACGCCGACGGCGACACCUUCGACAUACGCGGUGACCUCGACGUGGUCGACAUCCAGCGGAGUGAAUCCGGCGGCGUCUAUAUCGGUAGCUCGCUAGAACGUUACCUCGAAUACCGUUCCAAGAGCAUCGAUUACGGCCGGCUGAAUCUAACGGAGGCGCAGCGGUGUGCGGAUUUCGACGACACCGGGUUUCGGUUGCGUUUUCCGGUUCGGCAACACGACACCGGCGUGCAGACGGAGCGGCCCGACGCCUGGGCGUGCGAGGAGUGCGGCCGCGCCGCCAAGAAGAUGCGCAGCGCGAUGCAUAGCAUCUGGAGCGAGGAAAGUGCAUGCGAGUGUGUCGUUCAUACGGAGCCGUCGGUCGCUCCGCCGCGGGACGAGCUCUCACGCGAAUGGGAGGAGUUGCUAGCGGACAUAAGCGCUGCGCACGCGCAGUACGCGAACGCGACGGAUUCGGUCGACGAGACGCUCGCCAGUGCGGACCGCAAGCGGAGGCACAGUGCUGCGCUGCGUUGCGCGGGCGUGUGCUCGCACCCGCACGCGCGCUUCCUGCACUGCUGCGCCGCGGCGCUCGACCGCCCGCUCACGCGCUGACCGCGCCCGACCGCACACUGCGUUGCCGCCCGCCCGAACCCAUACGCGCCACGCACCCCGCUAUAUUCCUUAUAAAACCCACCUUCGCCUUGUCUUCACUUGAAUGAAAUUGAAAUGUUCUUUGAGCAGUGAAAUGAAUUUGUUUGAAUUUUUUUUUACGUGGGAUAUAUUUUUACAUAGGAAAAGAAAUCUACUGUUGUUUUUGACAAAUUUCUUACAUAGAGAAAAACCCAGCAUAGAAUUAGUGUAUAUCAGCAGUUAUGGCCUGAAUGCAAAAUCCCUUUCAUUUGUAUACUACAUUAGUUUUGUUUAAAGUAAUUUUCUUUGCAAUCACAAGUGGGACUGGUGUGUUUGGGAUUAAAAUGCGCUUAUGUGCAAUUUGUUCGAUGCUAUUGACAAAUUAUAUUAGUGUAAAACAAAUUACAUUCGAAUAAAUUAAGGACAUCAUAUUGAUUUUAAGACAAAUUUCUAUUGGAAAUGCUCAUAGCAACAAUGCAUAAUAUACUACUUUUAUUUGACUAUCAUGAUAUAAUUUGUCAGUGGCUUGUUUAAUAUACAAUAGUUCAUAUAAGGUCUAUUGCAAACUUGCAUGUAAUUUGAAGCAUUAAUAACUUUAAUAUUAUCCUGUUACGAUUGAGGCUAUUUUAACACUACAUUCAGUGUUCAGAAUUAAUAACCUUCUAUCAAGUAAGUAGGUAUUUCUACUAUCCCAGAAGGUGAAAAUCAUAGAAUUCAAAAUAAUUAAGUGAAUAUACUGUCAAGGUAGCCUCUAUACCGAUUAUUAUAUCCUUUACCGCGAUCAUACAUUCUUUGUAUAUAUAGCCCUUUAUCCAUGGAAAGUUAUUAAAAGGUAUAACAAGAAUCAACCUGUUUUGUCGUACAUGGAUUUGUUUAAACAAGGCAGGGGUCGCUUCAUAACAAAUCGAAACCAACGGCCCAUAAAGAGUGAUUCUCUCAUAUAUAAAUAGUGUUAGUCGGCAGGAAUGGAAGGAUAACUAAGUUGAGAAAAGAGAACUAGAAAUGUGCUAACAUAUCUUAUGUCUUAUAGUUGUUUGGGAAAGAAGUAAAAUGUAAAAUUAAUUUAGUUCAAUGUUUCCUUUGUAGGGAUUUUUAAAUAUAUAUAUAUGUAUGCAUGUUUGUUAAAAUGCUCUCGAUUGCAAGGGAUUAUAUAAAAAUUUUAUUUGAGCUUUUUAUUGACUUCAAACGAUAUUUUAUGCAUUUUAAUGAGAAUGUCUAUUUACAUUUGAAUUGCUGAAUUUUUUGUUUAAUAAUUUUUGUAAAAUAUCAAUCAAUAACUUUAAAAUAAUGAAAUAUGUCACAAACGAGAGCAUUUUAAAGCAAACACAUCGGGCGAUUCUAAUAUAAUUCUUACAAUAAUAUCGUCCAGAGAUGUUUAAAAAAUAAUUUGUUAUUAUAAAAGUAGGUGAACAGGUAUAUUAUUUUUGUUAGUAUUUUUUUCGUUUACGUUUUCUAAAGAGCUGAAAUUCGUUUAAAAUUUAUACUGUAGGAAGAAAUUGUUUUUUUUUUUUUGUUUGACAUUUUUUUCGAAGCGUACACGACGCGCAUCUAUUUUUUGGCAUUGGAGUCGUACAGAUAGGAUCGUAGGUUUUGUAAGUUGCACGGUGGACGCCUUUCGAAAUUUCCAAUGAAUUGCUUUUAAACAUCACGAUGGAUUGAGUAGCGCACUGCAAGUAUUGCAAAUGGCAGACGUUACGAUUUUAAACGUUUCCAAUGCCUAUAUUUCGCUUAGAAGCGAUAUCGAGAUGUAUAAUAGGUAACUGUCGUUGGUAUUCGUUAUUGAAAGGCAGUGGAUUAUUUCAAUGGUUUGUCCAAUAUGUCUUUAAGUUUUAUUCGCGGUCGUUUUAUUGAUUGGCCGUUCCAGGUAAAAGUAGGACAGAUGGAGGUAUUCGUGGGCUUGACUACCCGCUAGUAAUGAUUGAAGUGAAAAGUUUUCUACGAAGUUGGACAAUGUUAGACGAGGAUCAAAAGCCCUCUAGUGUGGUAAUGAAUGGGAUUUAUUGUGGUCUUUAAUAAUAAUGUUCGCAGCUACUGUUUAAUAUUCUGGGUAUGUCUGUAAGCUCUUUUCACCGGCAUGUUAUGAUACUACAAGAUCGUUUUUGGUUAAAGGUGUGACAGAAUCUUAAACAGUGGCAGUAUUAAAUUGUAAUAUAAUUUACAACUCCAUAUAUGGAUGGUAACAGUUCAUAUAGGCGUAACUGUUAUUAUAGUUUAUAUAAAGCAUAGGAAGUGUAUAUGUUAUAUUUUCAUUUUUUAUGUAGAGGCCAUACAUAGUUACGGUAUUGCCAAUGUUCAAAAAACUAGUAACACUGGUAACUAUGUAUGAGAGUACCAUUCAAUAUUUAUGUAUUUCAUUUACACCAUUCUCUCGUAACAUUUCAUAUAAAAUUGCGAACUUUAUCGUGUUUUAUAUAAUUAUAUAUUUAUUUACUUUCUGUAGUGUGAUAUAUUUCUCUUUGUCAUAAUUAUAUCUUAUAAUGAAAAAAGUAUAAAAAAAUGUCAUUGCAGGAUUUCCAUCUGAAGAGCUAUAUAUAUUUAUAUAACGUAUUGUGGAAUUAAUGUGUAGGAUCUUUCUGUUGUUUAAAAUGUAUUGUUAUAGUAUUUUAUCUUUUUGUUUCCUUGUCUGAAAUUAUUUUGAGACUAAAAUGUGAACAAUAAUAUAGCUGAAAAAUUAUUUCAGCUAUAUUAUUUUCAUGUCUAAAGUUCCAUUGUAUCAUUUGUAUGGUUGGGUAUUUUAAAACUCAUUCAACUAAUGAAUUAAUUUCAUUUCUCUCAUGUCAUGUAAUCUAUUGAGAUCAUCACAGUUUUAGUUUUUUUGUUGUGCUGUCAUAUGUUCAUAUAUUGUACUUAUUCUAUUAACAAUAUUCGCUAAAGAAUACUUCGAAAAAAAAAAGAAAAUCUAAAAAAAUAUUGUUAUAGUCAAGUUUGCAUAUAAUAUUAUGUUUGAUUAGCAAUUAAUCUAAUGUAAUGUGCCUAUGCACUUGAUUGGCUUAGAUCCAGAACAUCUGCGGAUAAAAGUUGUUCUAAAACUUUAAUGUUAAGGACAACAAAACAGUUUGCAAUGGCAUUAUUUUAGGGGACUAUAGAUAACACAAUGUCAUUGCGGACUUAAUUAAUUUUUGUAUGAUGCGAUAUCAAUAAUCUUGGGGUUUCAAAUUGCGUUAGUGUUUCCAACCAUAAAUAUUAUUGACAUCGUAUUAAAUUAAGGGCCCGCAAAAUCACUUGCAUGAAUUUCUGACAGCUUUUUAGUAACAUUUGAUCAAACAAAGGUGAACAGAAAUCUGUGUAAGGAAUUUGGAAACGGGUGUUGUGUCCCCACAAGAACUAAAUACAUUAUUAGCCACAAUUACACCGCGAGUGGCUUACCGAGAUUUUCAUCAAUAAUGUAUUAGUAUUGCAUAUUUAAAUAUUUAUACAAACAGCUGAUUAUAAGUCAACUCUUUGUUUAACAUAAAAGUGUUUCAUUUUGGGCUGAGAGCAGCAUUUUUCCUAUACGUUUUGGACACGUCGCUAUCUGCACACGUUUUAAAAAUAUAAUUAAAAAAAGACCGUAGUUAUUUGAAAAUCUUGUAAUGAAUGCUCUCCGCUCAUGGAACAAGUGGGCUUGUAACCGAUAGCUAUCUAUCAACUAGCCUUGGUUACAUGCAAAUUUGUUACAGUUCAUAUAAAAUUAUAUCAUUUAUUUUCUUUCUUGAAACUGUAAAUUCAUUAGAAAAAUUAUCUUCUAAGCUGGGGUAGUAGCAGUCUCGAGGGAUUUCACAUUUUUUUAAUCGAAAUUUAUUGAAAAAUUCUAGCCAUGUUCUAUACAAAUGUAAUUCACAAACCAUAACAUUGCUUUAUUAUGUAGGUAAUGCUGUAGUUACGAAGCCUCUACACAACAGUUUUAAUUUUGAAUUUAAUCAUUAACAAUAUACGAAAUGUAUUUGUGUGGCACCAACAAUUUUGUAUGUAGUAACUUAGCUUAGAAGUUGUAAUCGUUAAAAAUCAAUACAUUAAUUUGUACCAAUUAAAUAAAUUAAAUAGUGGUUAUCCCUGAAAAUAGUUACCAUUUUCGUUUCGUUAGGUUGUGCUCACUACUCUGGUUCUUGCCACUUGUGGG